AAGCGACCAAAGAAUAGUCUGGCAAAGCAAAAAUCAUCCUUUAUUAGCAAGGUUGUAGUUCAUGAUCAAUUGACAAAAUUGCUGUCUUCAAGGACCAGUGAAGAUAAUUUCAUGUUUAUCAACAUUGGACUGAAUUUUAUGUGGAUGGAUGGAAAAAACAGCAAAGUAAGUGAAUGUCUCACCAAUAUUGUGUUUUCAAAUGCCUAUCCUACCUGCCAUGAUUUAAAUAGACACACAAGCUCGACGAAUGAACACAUGGAUAUCAUCAUAGGGUUCUCUUCGGGUGACUUCAUAUGGUACGAUCCCAUCAGCCACAAGUAUUCUCGCUUCAAUAAGAAUGGAAUUCUUAAUAAUUCAGCUGUAACGACUGUCAAAUGGAUCCCGGAAUCCGAGGAUUUGUUUUUAGCUGGAUUUGAAGACGGAACCAUACUCAUAAUAGAUAAAGAACGGGACGACCAACCAUUGAGUAUACCUGUUGUACCAAAUACAUGGGCAGAUGAGCAAUUCAAGGUAUCCAAGCCUUACAGACACUCCAAAUACAAUCCUGUGUCUCAUUGGCGUGUUAGUAAGCAGGCAAUUGCUGCCUUUUGCUUCUCUCCUGAUGGUUCACAUGUUGCUGUUGCUGGACAAGAUGGUCUAAUGAAAAUAAUUCAAUACAACCAAGAAAAAUUAUGUGACAUAUACAUGGGCUAUUUUGGUAAGAUAAAUUGCGUAGCAUGGAGUCCGGACGGAAAAUACAUUUUGACGGGUGGACAAGAUGACCUGGUCGCCAUUUGGUCUUUCCCAGAACAGCGUAUCGUGGCUCGAUGCCAAGGACAUAAAUCAUGGGUUAACGGCGUAGCCUUUGAUCCUUGGCGGUUUGAUGGCAAGGUCUAUAGAUUUGCAAGUAUCGGUGAAGACUGUAAUUUGAUAAUGUGGGAUUUCUCGGUCAAUGCGUUACAUCGACCCAAACAAAAGGUUAAGCAUGCACCCGUCAAGACUGCCCUGAGCCCUCGGCUAUCAAAAUCUACCAAUCAAUUCUCACAGGACAAAGAGGACAAAGACAAGGAGGACAAGGAGGACAAGCGUACCAGCCGGCUGUUUCACUUUAAUCACUCCAAGAACCAUUUAGAAAACAGCAAUCAAAUGUCUGGAAAGGCCGGCAAACGGACAUCGGUUGGGAUUACGUUCAAUGGGUCUAUGUGGUCGCUAGAGGCAGAGGAAACACUCCACACUCAAUUGCCAGUGUUUCAUCGGUUCCUCAACAAAGCCCAGGUUCCAUUUCUUCAGCCGGUUAGUAUUCAGACAAUACACGCUGACCCAUGCGUAGACAUAGUGUUUAGAAAGGACUCUAUCCAUACAACAGAUCGGCGAGGAAGAGUACGUAAAUGGGACCGCCCAAAAUAAAUAUAUAUAUAUAUAUAAAGUGUAAAUAUAAAUACAAAUAUAAAUACAAAAGUUGCUUAAGGUGC